UCUGGUCGUAGCUUAGCGCCAAUUCCCUGCUGCAACUUAGUGGUUGUCGGAGUGUCAUUUAGUUUCAACGCCCUAGAUAUAAGAAACCCAUUUGAAUGCGGUGAGUUUUUGUUUUCAUUGGUUCGUUCAGCUGCAACAACAAGCCGGGCAGUCUUAAUCGGCAGUUGUAAUGGACCUGGAAGACGGAGAACUUUCAGGGUCAGGCUCGGAUUCAGAGAUGGGCACCAGAGCGUCAGAAUUCAGCGGCCAUUCAUUCCAGAACAGAGGCGCCGUCCAGGCACCUGCCGCCUCCUACAGAAGCGCUGGGAAAACGGUGGAGUCCAGCGACAGUGACGAGGAGUCAUCGGAUGAAGAAGCAGCUGUUUGGCGCAAGAAGCGUCAGAAAGUGUCCAGCGCUCCUCAGCCACCUCCCCGCACCAGUCAACCUCCCCGCAUGCCCGAGCCGUUUUCCGCCAGAGGCCGCAAGGUGAACAAUAUCUGGGGCUCUGUGGUGCAGGAACAGUGUCAGGAUGCUGUAACCGCAGAACUUGGUUUCUUUGGAAUGGAAGGGGAGAUCAACAUGUCUACUCGCAGCGUAGAGACCUACAACUAUGUUCUUGCAAGAAAGAUCAUGGAGAAGGAGAGGGAGGAGGAGAGGCUGGUUAAAGACGACGGGGAGGUUAGAAUGCUUGAUGACCAGCUGGAGGAGUACAUGAAAGGUCAGGGCCCGGUGGGUAGAGGAAGUGACACCAAGAGGAAGAGGCAUGUGAAAGAAAGACUGGCUGCCCGAGCGGAGAUGGACAUCAAGGGUCGGUUUGAGAUCACGGAAGAUGAUCCAGAUGACAGGGUGGUGGAUGAGAUCGCUCACAGGCUGCAGGAGCCCAAGAAAGAUCUGAUCGAGCGAGUUGUGAGAAUAGCCGGGAAGAAAGCAGCCAUCGAGCUUCUGCACGAGACGGCCUCAGUGGAGGAGAACGGUGGCUUGUUCACCAUGGAUGGCAGCAGGCGCCGCACCCCCGGUGGGGUCUAUUUAAACCUCCUAAAGAAAGCUCCAAGCGUCAGCAAGACACAAAUCAAGAAGAUAUUCUUGGAGGAAUCUCAGCAGGGACUGAGGAACAAGAAAGCAGCUCAGAAGCGGAGGUGUCAUGUGAUUGCCAAGAAGAUGAAGCAGGCGAUCGGAACGCUGAACCUGCAGGAACAUGACGACGUUUCCAGAGAGACUUUUGCUAGUGACACCAAUGAAGCGCUGGAGUCUCUAGAGGAGCCUGCGGAGGAGGAAGAGGGAACCCAAAGGGAAGUCCCUGCCGGCACUGAGGAGACGCCGGUGGUCUACAGCUCGGCAGACCUCGAGGUCUUCUGAACUCUGUAGGAUAUAUGCAAAUGUAACACUGAAUGCACUCUGUUGUCAAAAGGAAGUCUUCUGACAACGUGUCUUGUUUUUUUUUUUUAAAUGUUAACUGAAAUGGCAUGGUAAUAUGGUUCCCUUCUUUAAGCACAAAGAUCUACAUUUUGGUUCGGUCCAGUAUCUGACAUGGUGUGGAAUUCUAAUCAAACUAUAUCAUGUGGAAUUCAAAUAAAUAUGACUGGUAAAAAAAUAA